UUUAUUUCCGGUGCAAAUACGUCGAAAAAUGACAGAUCUUAAUACAAAUCUUCAGAAUUAUCUUUCAAAAGGGAACGAAAACAGUAGUUCAGGUUUUGGUAAGUUUAAUUUAGGAAAACUUAACCUGUUUCAGAAGAAGAGCCAGCCUCUGGAUGAAGAUUUAGAACCAAAUGACGUGGCAAAUAGCUGGUUUACCAAGGCCAAAGCUGAUCCGUGCCUCCCAAGUUUAUCAAAAAAGCAGAGAAUCCUUGGCUUUGUAAUGUUUCUACUUCUGGGAACAUUUUGUUUUUCACUGGCUAGUCUCUACAUUCCUUUGCUACUUCUCAAGGCCAGAAAAUUUGCAAUGCUGUACACACUUGGAAGUCUGUUCGCUAUAUCAAGUUUUUCCUUUCUCUGGGGACCAGUGCACCAUAUAAAGCAUUUGUUUUCCGUAUCCCGACUGCCAUUUACUGCAGCAUACCUAGGAACAAUGCUAGCCACAAUAUACUUCUCAGUAUGGGUAAAAAGUACAGUCCUUACUGUGAUAUGUGCAGUUUUACAAGUCAUCACUCUUAUCUGGUAUGUCGUGAGUUAUAUUCCUGGUGGACAAACAGGUCUCAAAUUUUUCUCCAAAAUCUUUUAUGCUGCAGCAUCCAAGACUGUUCAGAAAACUCUCCCUGUAUAGCAGGGCUUCAUCUGAAGAGAAAAAUCUCCAUAUGUAUUGUCCAUUCAGUUAGUUGACUGGGCAUGGCUAUGUGAACAUUUAAUUGAAAAAUGUGGUUCCAAAUUUUAGGGAUAACAGCAUGUGUAAAAGUUUUUUUUCUCCAGUAUAAAUACAGUUGAACUUCGGUAUCUCGAACAUGGAUAUCUUGAAUACCAUGGAUAUGUCGAAGUGAUUGAGAAGUCCUAACCACGUAUUUCUUAAGUAUUUUACCCUCGAUAUCUCAAGCCCUAGGAUAUCUCGAAGUUUUAUCUCGGUCCCAUCGAGUUCGAGAUAACGAGGUUUGACUGUACCUGAAGUAUUCUUUACACAUAAAGAAUCCCUAUGUCAAAGUGGUCAGCUAUUGAUUUUUCUGUGGCCUGUCAUGCCAUCAUAUGUAUAGAAUCAUCAAAAUAGUCAUUCAAGAGUUACUCUACUUACAAAAGCAGGUCUCCAUGUUCUCUCAUCAUUUUUGUACAAUCAUCAUCCCAAGAGAAUCAUGGAUAGUGAUAUUUUAAACCUGCCCUGAACAGCUGUUAUUUUUAUAUAUAAAUGAAAUGUGUAAAUGUGCUAUGGAAUCCUCUGAUUGCUUAUUUAAGAUGAUUGUCUUUGUAUAUAAUAA